AUGAGAACUGGCCAAACAGCUGUGAAGGCAAGAGAGAGCUACAACAGGCGAUCGUAUUUCUCAAAGCAGGGCAACAAGAGAGUGAAGCUGGUCAAAAUGAAUCUUUUCUGCAUUUCGCUGGAAGGCUCUAUGGAUAGCUUAUAUGAGCCUAUCCCAGAGCAACAAGCUAACCGAGAAAACACGUCUAGUAGAACUGAUUCUCCUAUCCCACCCUUUGGAGAGAGUGAACAAACACCAAACAAUCUCUUCGUGGGAGUUUCUAAUUUGGAGAAUGCAAAACCAGAAAAGAGAAAGUUAUUCCGGAGAUUUAUGUCUGAAAAUAAAAUAUUUGAAGGAAAAACUGUGAAUGACAAAAUCUGGCAGGAACACAGCAAGCAUAAGAAUGAUUCCCACAUCAGAAGGCCCUGUCAGCUAAAAGAUCUAAAUGAAGAUGAUUUUCUAAGUAACAACAUACAUACUCAUCAAGGAAAAACUCUACAAGGAACUUCCUAUCAGGUGACCUCUGAAUGUUGGAGUCCAUUUCACUAUCAAAGACAUGUUGAGACUACUUUUGAUGAAAUGGCUCAAGAAUUUAUGUAAAGUAACAAAAGAAGAUACUUAUCUAGUCAAAUGUCCCCAAGGAUAUUUGAGGAACGAUGAAUUCCUAUGAUCCACUCCUUCAAUUUAAAGAUGAAGGGCUGAAGUGCAGAGAGGUGAAGUGGCUCACUCAAGUUCACAUAUGGCCAGUCACAAAGCAGAUUUUCAAAGCAGAACAAUCAUUCGUCCACACACAAGGGCAGGUUCUUACUCUAGGUUUUCUUAACAUUUCUUGUGUAUAUGAAAUAAUAAAUACUAGACAAAAAUUUUUUUUACUGUGUAAUUUUCCAUCCAGAGCUCCUCUUCUUGCUAAGAAUCCAAUAGAUACUUAAUGAAAAUUAAUUAAUUUGCAUACUGGCUCUUAAAUUUCCUGUUGUUCAUAAUUUUUGGUCAGCUAGGAGGUGUACCCAAAAAGAGAAAUGUUCUUAUGAGUAGUUCUAGAAACUUCUUCAAAAUUUCAGAGAAGAGGAUAUUACGCAGGAAGUAAGAAAGAUGUGGCUUCUGUGGCCUUUUCUCUUAAAUCAACACAACCCCCAUUUGCAAUUCUGGUUUGUGUAAUCCUGGCAACUCCCAGCUAGUUUGGCAGUGUGUCCACAUUCAAAGACUGACCCGAAGCUAUAGGUCAUUGAGCAAAAAGCAGUCUUGGCUUCCCCUGCAGAAGUGGAGAAAUGGCCGUGACGUUGCAACUUCAUUAUACUAUGGAAAAUUGGGCCUGUGUGGCUUCUGAAAGACUCCUUUCUUUUUUUACUGUGUUCUCAGAGGGCACAUUAUUCCAAAACCAGAAUUACGCACGUCAAAAUCUGCCUGAGAGGAAGGAGGAGCUAGAAUAUUAUAUUAGGACUUGAAAGGGUUUUAGUGUUUAUACAGUGGAAUAAGACUAUUACAUAAAUGGCUUUGUUAGAGAACCUAAAUUAUACUGCUUAGCUUCUUAAAUACCUGCUAAUCCUCUAGCCAAGCACAUUUCUCCUCCCUACUCUCACCUUAUGCAAUCUUUCUCUCCUGUGAAUAGUCAUUGAAUUUUAUUUGUAGUUCUCAUAUGACACACAUCAACUUUUUCCUCCAGAUGUAUUUUUGGCCUGCUGUUCAGAGUGAAUGCAUUUAUUGACCAUACUGACUCUCGGAAGUGAUAUGUGUAAAAUGGUACUAGAACCCCAAAGAGAUCACCUUGCAGUGAGGGGGACAGGAACAGAAACAGAUGACUAUUUUUCUUAAUAUUCAUAUUAAGCAAUGUGCAUCACAGG